UCGCGAUUUUGACAGUUGACACUGACAACAAACCAAACGCACUACAAAAUUUGAGCUUUGAAUUAUUUCGCACGCGCGCACUGUACUUAAAAAGCUUUUUACACUUAUUUUCUAACUGGCGCGGCAUGAGAGGCGCUGAAACUUUGAUUCCAGCACGUUUUCUGACUCUGAUAGGCCACCUUUGUGUGCUAGUUUCCUUGAUAUGGGAGAGUCAGCAGAGCGUGCAGCACUGUUUACCGAGCCAGUAUCACCAAAACUAUUUCGAGACCUAUCACAGUCGAUUGGUCGCCGCAUACGCCGCGUCCAUAGUUCUCGUUCUGAUUGAACUGACUACCUUCAUACUCGGCCUAACUAUGUUCUCACCCACUGUCUCCAUGAUAUCUAUUGGUUGCCAUGGAUCCGCAUGUGCUGCGCUCACAUACGGUGUGGUGGGCAGUUGGCAUUGCGGCUGGGUGUGGCCCAUACUAGUUUUCGGUGCUGCGUUACCGGCUGCAGCUGAUAUUAUUGCCGCUGCCUCCGCUAUAUGCUCUCUUAGACGAUAGAUUUUAUUAUGCUUCCCACAAACGAGCAUCAACAGCUGACCAACAGCACCAAGUACAAGGGCGGAUGGUCCUUCUACUUAGUUCUAGCUGGUGUCGCUACUACAUUAGGCUGUUCUUUACCCGUCGGCUACAAUAUCAGUGUCAUCAAUACGCCUGCUGCGAUCAUCCAGAAAUUCGUAAACGGGAGCGUGAUCGACCAUUACGAUGUGGUUGUUACUAAGAGCUGGAUGAAUGUUCUAUGGUCUUUGGUGGUGGCCAUAUUCAUUGUCGGUGGCUGUGCGGGUUCCAUAUUAGGAGCUUCGCUGGCUGACAAGCUUGGCAGGAGAAAAGCGACACUUCUGACGACUGUGAUUUCGGUGGCUGGAGCCGCCUUGUUUCUAGUAUGUCGGGCUGCGAACUCUGUGGAACUGCUCAUAUUGGGCAGACUCAUCGUUGGUCUAUCAGCCGGUCUAACCACGAGCAUUGUGCCAAUGUACUUAACGGAAUUGGCCCCAAUGGCCCUGGCGGGGGCAAUGGGGGUCGUGUGCCCCAUGGGAGUCAACUUUGGGGUGCUAGUGGGGCAGAUUAUGGGCCUUGAUGUUAUUUUGGGUGGAGUCGACGACUGGCCCUAUCUACUUGCCGCCUAUGCUGUGCUAGUCAUUAUUUUUGUACCGGUUAUUUUUAUACUGCCAGAAAGUCCAAAAUAUCUUUACGUGGUUAAGAGGGAAGAGGAAACUGCUUUAAAAGAGCUAAGCCGCCUCCGCGCCGUAUCCCCCAGCAUCCUCACGGAAGACCUGGAGCUCCUCAAGGAAGAGGCGCGAGCAGCAGAGGAGGCGAGCAGCCAGCAGUGGAGCAUGCUGCGUGUGGUGAAGGAGCCGCGGCUUCGGCUGGUUCUGCUGCUGACGUGCUCAAUGCAGGCUGGCCAGCAGACCAGCGGGAUUAAUGCUGUAUUCUACUAUUCGGACAUAAUCUUCCGCGGCGCCGGCCUGUCUGCUAAAGGCUCCCAAUACGCCACGAUAGGCUGCGGAGCCAUCAACGUCGCUACGUCUCUAGUGAUGAUCAAAAUGCUGCCGAAGUGUGGACGGCGACCAUUACUACUAGGCUCCAUAUUGGCGGCUGCCAUAUGCUUGGCCUCGCUUGCUGUGUCCAUAAGGUUUUUGGACGCGAUCGCAGGAAUGCCGUACGUGUGCAUGGCUGCAGUGUUCGCGUACGUGCUCGCUUAUGGCUUCGGACUUGGACCCAUCCCGUAUUUCAUAGCUUCAGAAAUGUUCGAGGUGCUCCCUCGAGGCGCCGGCAUGGCGUGGGGCUCGCUGGCCAACUGGGCCGGCAACUUCCUCGUGGGGAUGACCUUCCCCGUCGUAAGGGACGCCAUUGGGGCGUAUUCCUUCAUCGUCUUCGCCGCAGUCACUACUGCGCUCUUCGUGUUCCAGAGGUUCUACUUCCCCGAAACACGCGGUAGGACCCAACUUCAAAUCUCGCAGUUAUGCAGCCGAGGAUUCCGCUCUCGCCCCCUCUCCCACCAAAGCAUCUGACGUCCAGUACAACUUCAACAAAACGUUAUUAACAAUUAUUGUGGAAAAGGUGUAAAAUCAGAGCACGCUAAGUUUUCACGUCAAACGUCAAGUACGGAGCUCUUAGGGGCCAAGUUUGUGCAAAGUUAGCGUGGUCCAAGUCUAAAAUUUAAGAAAAUUCGUGCCGGCCAUUUCUUUUGUGAAUUGUUUAACUUUUGCUAACCAAAGUAACCAUAUGUGUCUUUCUCAGCCAAAAGGGUACUUAUUGUCGGUUGUCGAUAAGGCGCUAUUUCCAUAUAGCUUCAAUUCGAAAUCAACCUUAUCGACAACCGACCAUGUGGUACCUUCUGCACAACAGCCAAGGCCGUCUUAAACUAUGCUGGGGCUCAAGCUUGGGCACUCAAGAAUUUGGGGCCAUUUUAGAAAAUAAUAAAAGCGAAUCAAUUAAACCAGCGGUCGGCAACUAGCGGCCCGCGAGCCUCCCUGGCUAUUUUGUAUAUAAUAUUGACAAAUUACCAUGUCUGAUAAAGUCAUAAAUAUUAACAAAGUGCGGCCCGCGUCCACUUCGUUAACUGCUGUGUGGCCCUUGGCUGCUAAAAGGUUGCCGACCGCUGAAUUAAACUAACAUUCUUCUACUAUGAUCUUAUGUGUAAUUAAAUAUAAUGUUACUGUCUGUCCUUCGGGGCCCCCUGAGGCCACGGGCCCUGUGCGCCCUCAUUUAUGGUAAAGACGGUAUUUGAAACGGCUACAAAUGUCAAAUUUAAAGCACGAGUUUUUCUUAGGUUUUAAUUCUCUUCUGAUUUUAAUGACUUUUUGCUAUCUAAAGCUCAAAACUUAUGUUGUGCGUAAUUUCUGUAUCUUGUUUUUCCAUAUACAUUUUAACGAGUAUUUUUUUCUAUAUGGAGGUUUUCGGGUGCGAAAAAUCGAUCUAGCUAGGUCUCAUCGCUGGGAAAACGCGCAUUUUUAGUUUUCAUAUGUUCAAGCAAAGCUCGGUCUCCCAGAUAAUUUUAGUUUAUACGCACUAGAGCGUUCUUUAGUUAUUUGAAUUUUUUGUCAUAGACAAAUGUUUCCCAGGUACAAUAGACAAUAGACGUAUGUUAUACGGUCUAUGCUUAUUUUAUAUUUGUAUACAUCACACAAUCUGACUUUGUAAUCUCUAAUGUACUUAAAUGCUUUUAUGGUUGUUAUUUGGUUAGUUUUUUAUUUUUGUCAAUGCCCAUAAAUGGGAUAGACGCAUUUUGGAUAGGUUAUAUUAUUUUUAAAGUAAAUAGAUCUUUUAAACCGGGAAAGUAAAUAAUGGUUUAAGUUACAUUUUAUUUUAACGUAAUAUAUGUAUAUCAUCACAAGAAACCGCUAAUAUAUUCUCGAAUAUAAUUAUUAUUAUUACUUUUAACCUCUA